GGGGGGGGGGUGGGGGGUCAGUCGAGGGAGAACAUCAAGCGUGAAAGAGCUCCACAAUAUUUUUGAGCCGUGAGUAGACUUGCUCUGAAAGAACCCGGUUCCUAAUCUCGUGUGUGAAACUGCAUCCUAUGCCCAUGUUGGUCUCUUAACUGAAGCGGCCGACGGCGGACUGUUUGGUUUUGUGAUCUAGUAUGUUAGAAUAGAAGCUUCGAUUGGACGCUCAUUAACACACUGACUUCCAAGGCAGACUCUCAGCUUGGUCGGACAUUUCGUCUCCUUCAAGUGCAAGCACUAGCUUUAUGGAAGAAUUGGUCAAAGGGUCGGGGGUUUAAUCUAUAUGGUAUCGCAAGAGUGAUGCAGUUCCCGGAGGCCGAGUUUGGAUCAAGAGCUCGAAUGCUGAUUAAACUCAGUAGUAAAAACCCUCUAUAGCACAGGGUAAUGUGGUGAAGGAAGGUUGAAACAGUUUGCCACAUACCAACUGGAGUCGGCGGAGUGAGGAUCUACAAGAAAAGCCCUUCUAGGGGAAGUCUGAGAAGGAGUUGUGUAGGUAUUCUGAGAUUAGUUGGAGUAAUUAGGACCUUCCGCAGCCGCCGCGGCUAAUCGACGGUUGAGAAAUUCUGAUCAACGUUGAAAACACUCCAACGAAAACCUUGCAAAAUGAUGCGGGGACGUAUCAUAUUAAUCUCUAGAGCGAAAAGACGAAAGGAGGUGCCGCGAUUCGUCUUCGCGAGCAUUUUCCUGAACCUUGUAUCGUUGAUUGACUUGAGGGUAGCAGCUUGUAACAGUACUUCUUGCGAUGAAACCAUGGGAGCAGCCAGUUCUUUCGUGGGUUUAAGAGUGGAGCAGGCAACAGCAAGAAGACUACUGGCUGUGGACUCAACGCAAACUUUGCGGCAAGAUGGCGACGUUCUGAUUCAACUUAAGGAUACCAUCAAAAUAUAUUGUGGGGACCCAAACAACAUCACCUCUAUGUGGAAACCUCAGGGGAAGCGUCAAGCUGUUAAUCCGUGUAAGGAGAAGAACGGAACAAAGCAAUACUGGCGAGGAAUCGAUUGCAGUGCUGACUUGAGGGUUGAAUCCAUCAAUCUCACUAACCUGGGCUUCUCGUGCAAACUGAGCCUCCUGGUUCCUUCUCUGAGAUCUCUAUCGCGCUUGAAACACCUCGAUUUGUCGAAUAAUUCUCUCACAGGGCCGAUCCCGCUGGAACUUGCGUCCGCUACAGCCUUGGAAACCCUACACCUCAGAAGCAAUCGCCUAGAUGGGCAGGUGGUACCAACAAUAUUCCGAGCUUUAAGCAACCUCACCUCGCUCGAUGUCGGGAACAACAGUCUUCAAGGAUCAAUUCCCCCCUCACUGGGUGGUUUGCAAUUUUUAGAAACCCUUGACAUGUCGGGAAACAACCUCACUGGUCAGAUCCCUGUAGAACUCAACUCUUGCAAGAGGCUCAACAAGGUGGUAUUGAGUAGAAAUGGGCUUCAGGGGGGUGUUCCUUUUAAGAGCCUGUCGAAUCUCACAUUCCUAGAUGUUGGCAAAAACGAUUUGAGUGGUGAACUUCCCACGUCGCUAGAUUCCCUCCUUGCUUUACAAACUUUUGAUGCCUCGCACAAUGCUUUCGAAGGGAGAUUCCCCAGUUUUGCAGGACUCAAGAAUCUAUUGUAUCUUGAUCUUUCUACCAACAAACUGACGAGUCCAAUCCCGAGGGAAUUCUAUGACUUGAUGCGACAUCUUUCUUUUCUCAAUGUUUCGGAUAACGACUUAAGGGGAGAAGUGCCACCUUUCGAUGAACACAGAGGUGUGACUAGCCGAAGCUUUUUAAACAAUCCUCAUCUUUGUGGGAAAACAUUGAAUAAGAAGUGUUCAACCGAGAAGUCAAUGCUUGUUGCGAUAUCCGUGGGAGGUACGGUAGGAUGCCUGGUGAUGGUUCUUUUGAUGUACGUAUGCUGCUCCAGAUGCUUACGAAACGCGAAGAGCAGCAAAAGCUCGGCAACUGUUUCUGCGGAGGUUGAGUUGAAUCUCUCUUCAGAGGAUGUCACACGAAUUACACAAAAUUUCAGCGAGCAAAAUUACAUCGGCAUUGGUAGCAUGAGCACCGUGUACAGAGGACAAUUUCUGGACGGCACCGCAGUGGCGGUGAAGAGAUUAACAAUUCGGCGGGGUGAAAUGUCCGAGAGUGCGCAGACAGUACUAGCGGACAGGUUCGAAAUUCUAGGCCAUAUUCGGCAUUCGACUCUCGUCAAAGUGAUGGGUUACUGCUGCAGUCCUGACAUGAAGGCACUAGUAAUGGAGUAUAUGCCCAACGGAACGCUGAGCAACUUGAUGUAUCCAUCGGGGGAUGCCGAAGUGGUGAAAGAGUUUAACUGGACUCAUCGAAUCAAUGCGGCUAUCAGCGUCGCUGAAGGGUUGAAAUACCUUCACCAUGAUUGUCCGACCCCAACUGUUCAUGGAGAUUUGAAGCCGAGUAACAUCAUGUUCAACACGUUUAUGGAAGCAAGGAUGUCCGAUUUUGGCGUCGCAAAGGCUUUGAGUGAUAACGGAAUUGGGCCGAGCGCUUCAAUCGUCGCCACAACCAGUGGCUACUUGGCUCCAGAAUCUGCGAGACAAGCGUGCACGAUCAAGGGCGACGUGUACAGCUUCGGUAUCAUUGUACUCGAAAUGAUCUCUAGCCGGAGCCCACAAUCUCUUGAAGCGGGACAAACCCUGCCCCAGUGGAUACGUGAUACAAUACAACGCAAUAAGUCGCUAAAGCAUGUGCUUGACCCGAUCCUUAUGAGUGAACUGCGCCUCCAGCAGCAGAGAAUGGCGAUGGUUUUGGGCGUGGCGCUUCUGUGCACACGUGAGGACCCCAAAGAGCGGCCAUACAUUACCGAAAUCCUCAAGAUGUUGAAUCAUAUUAAAGCGAAUCGACAAGACGGUAGCCUUAGGGGAUCACGGGGAUCCAGAAGGUUGAGGAGCAGUCUCAGAAAUCAUCAAAGAAACGAGGAGGUCCCUGGAAUUAACGUCCAGCCAUGGCCUCCUUCCGCUGGUCCGUCUGCUCCUCGGCGCCACGUGAUGUCGCUCCCCCACAACCCUACUCUCUCAGACUGGACCCAGGAUUCCGCCGAAAAUAGAUGACCAUGCAGCCAAGCAGCUAAUAGCAAUAACUUUCCACAAGAGUUUGCAAUUGCGCCACCCACAUCAAUCAAGGUCAACAAGGUUGCUAAUCCUGUCUAAGUCAUUUGUUAAACCUGUGGGUCACUCUGAAGGCGUCAAAGACGCAGGUCCUCACUCGGGUGAUGAAGAACAUAGCAGCUUGGUUCUUUCAAGACGUGGGGGUGUGAAUGGUCCACAAUUCUUCCGGCAAGUCCAAUGACUUGUGCAUGAACUUGUAGGAAUCUCAGGAUGGGCACACUGUUGUUAGAUAUUUUGUCCCACGGAUGUUCAAUAAUUUCAGAAGUUGUUCAGACUGUACGUUGCAAAGCGCUUAAGAAAACACAUGAGAAAGUGACAAAAAACUAAAACCAAAAAAAGGAUUCAAAUUUGAGAGAUUCAUCUCCUCAAACUGUAAUAUAUUUCAAUGUUAUUUACA